AUGCUGUCGUAUGUUGCGAUCUGUGAUCUCGAGCCGGCCACACUAGAAGGUAAACAAAAAAUGGGCAUCAUAAGCGACACGAUACGGCGAGACCACGGUUGCAAAGUCGCUGGGAUGAGUUUGGAGAGCUCUAGGUCGCUCUCAAGGACGCCGCCGCCGCGGAAGAGGUCGUAUCCGCUGAAGAUGGAGACGAUUCCGAUGUCGUCUUCGUAUGAAGAAUUCAAGGGAGCGCAUACACACAACGAUGAGCGUCUCACGAGCGGGAAAGAAACUGAAUACGGUGGGAUAAAGCCAGGAAUGUCUAGUUUUGAAGCGGAUGACGAUUUCAAGUUCAAGAGACACAAAAAUAAGCAAAGCAAUGGAGUACCGUCGUUGGGCGAGAGAUUAGACAAUUUGCAAGACAUCAAGAAGGCUAGAUGGGUCGAUAACUUCAACUCCUCGAUGCCCAAUGGGCGGGAGGCAGUUCCAAAUGGUGGCUCUUCCCCCGACGCUCGAACACAGGACCAUUCGCAACCUUAUUCUCAAGGUGUGCAGGGAUCUGGUGGCUUAAAGGGUGCUCCGUAUAUGCCUUACAUGUAUUACUACCCGAUCCCAACACAAGGUGCACCCAUGGUGCCGUUUGUGGGCUCACCGGUGCAUCCGGCGCAGAUGGAAGGUGGCCAUUAUAUGAACUCGUCGCAUUCGGCGAUGCCGAAUUCUUCGCUACAACCUUUCUUUCCUCCACUGCCGCAGCAGCCCAGAUAUGAAAAUGGAAGUUCUCAGCUACUGCCACCGGCAACCUUUUAUCCAUAUAAUAUGGUUCAAUCUCAACAUGCUCAGAGAACGAAGGACCGACGCAAAUCGGUCUUAGACAAUAGAGGUCGACGUCUUUCAUUGCUUGCAGUGCAGGACGACCAGCAUGGCAUUGUAUCACCGCACAAGAGCGUACCAGAGCGGGAUUUCCAUAGGCACAUCGGAAACACGUCGUUUGGAAAGGAGUUGCAGUUGAGACAGCUGUUCAAUUGGUGUAUCAUACGUGCGCUCAGAAAAUUGGAAGAAAAGGAAUCUAGCAGUCAGCGGACAUCAGGAAAUGCGGGAGAUAGAUAUGUCGAUCCGAGUAAGAUCGCUCUUAGCAUACUGAAGGAAUUUGUUAGUGAUCUGCGGAAGGGAGCAAUUGAAGUCGACUGGGAGGCUGAAGAAGAGGCAAGUGGCGAUGAUGAGCCUGCGGCUGCGGGCGAGGACACAGAACUGCGGGAACUCUUUGAAGAGGAGGAGGACGUCGAGAGCAGUGAAGGACACAAUGAGAGACAUACUAAACGACGACUGAGACCAAAGGUCCGCCGCAGUGAAGACUCGAAAAUUCCUAACAGCAAGAAUGUGCAAAAUGAGAAGAAUCUAGAAGCAUUGGAAUCUCGAAUAAAGGACAUUAAAGAGGAAGUUCAAUCCUGGGCGCAAGUUCUGAGUGCACAAUGGCCAGAAGCCGAAUGGAAGGCCAUUGAUACAGAAGUUUCUUCUAUGUCGCCAGUGCCUCCUCAGGGAGAAGCCACCGAACUCACCGUCGACAAAAUUCAGGAAGACUUGAUUCAGCGGCUCGAUAGGCUACAGAUCCAUUCCCAUUUGCUGGGUUCUAGCUCACAGGCAUUGUCGCUCCUCAUCAAAGACAGACAGGAUAAGCUCUCACAAGACUUUACAUCCACAAUCAAGCAUAAUGGCCCGGAAAUAGAUCCUAAGGCUCUGUUGAAGGGCUUGAGUAAAUCAAUAGCUCAGUAA